UGGUUGGCUGGCACAGCCGUCAAAAUAUCUCGUGACUAGUGCUAUUUGAGAGAGUGGUUUGUGUCCUCAAAUUUCCACUAUGAAAUCUCCUCAUGUGAAGUAGUUGUAAGGUCAUGGAACCUAGUUAGAAGCUUUCGUUAAAUUUCACUCUACGUAGGGUGAAAUAAACAACGGAUUUAUACGAUUUGGACCAGAUCACGAAGCAUGUGGAGGGUAUACGGCAUUGUUGGCAGGGUUCUGAACCGCUGGCCUGCCAACGCACCCCUCCGGCUGUCACAGGGUCCCCAUCGUGAGGAUGAGGUCAUCAACACCUCGACCAUCCUCUCCACCAACUUCCACUCCUCAGACAAGAGGGAGGAUGGGGAGGAGAGGAGGAGGAAACGGACCUCUCAGUUCUGCUUCACUGGGCUGCCCCGAUACACUGCACUGGAUGCGGUGGGCUGGGGUGCAGCAACGGUUCUCCUCAUGCAGCUCUGCAGACGGAUCCACUCGCAAUUCUCUUCUGUGGGUGAGCAGAACCCUAGGCUGACCCAUCACAGGGAACCAGGAGUCAUUCAAAAGUGUAGUUACCGGACUCUGCUAGAAAUCCUGUCUAGACAGCAUCUAACCAGACACGUGCUGCCGGGUGCACUGAGCCUGAGCCGACAUAGGGCGGCACCUGAAACACUUGACCAAAGUGGGAUCAGCAGCAGCAGCAGCUCCAGCAGCACCAGCGCAGCCUCAGAGUUAUUUGACCAGCAGGGGGCACUGCUGAGCAAAGAGUCAUCCUUCUCAGUGGAUUCCAGCCUACUCGGUAAUGAGGCCAAACCUGAACAGCAGAAACAACAGACUUCACAGGAUUCUCUCCCACCAGAAGAUAAACUGACAGAGGCUUCAGAGAACCUAAAACAUGUGGCCGACACUAGCGUACCAGUUAUUCUCAACAUCAUUGGUUUGGAGAGUGCGAAGGCAGGUGAUUAUGAGACAGCUUUCUCCUGUUUCCUGGCUUCUGCUCAACAUCACUACAGCAAAGCCCAAUUCAAUGUUGGUGUCUGCUACGAGAAGGGCAGAGGAGUCCGCAAGAACCUCAACAAGGCACUGCAGUUCUAUAGGCGAGCAGCAGCAGCAGGCCACAGUCAGGCUCAGUACCGCUGUGCCAAACUCCUCCUGAGCAGCAGGAGGCAGCAGAGCGCAGAGGACCUGGACACGGCCAUCAGGCUUCUGCAGACAGCAGCGGCUGCUGGCCUCACCGAGGCUCAGUUGUACCUGGGAGUGUUCUUCUCUCAGGAUCCAACCAAAGACGAAGGGAAGGCUGUUCAGUACCUCCGCAUGGCAGCACAAUGUAGGGACCGCGUGGGGCUGCUGUACCUGGGUCAGUGUUAUGAGAACGGCAUUGGAGUGAGCCGGUGUUUGGUCACCGCAGCCAACCUCUACAGGCAAGCGGCGGCAGCAGGGAACCAGCAGGCCAAGGGUCUACUGACAGCUCUGUGUAAUCGAGAGGAUAAGCGGGUUCUGCGUUCUAUCCGCUCCGCUCCCUGCUUCUCUGCACUGGAAGGGCUGGCGCUUUCUGGUGGGCUCCAAAAGGCGGGGCACGGCCCCCAGCAGGUUUCUGAUUGGCCGGUCCAGCCCCUGCCUCACUCGUGGAGCAUGGGCAACCUUAGAGUCCCGCCAGCUCACCUCUAUCCACUCUCAAGUGCUGACAAAACAGGCAGCAAAUGGACCAUAGGGGUUGGAUGAGAUGUGUACACACACACACACACACACACACACACACACACACACACACACAGAAGAAACAGAGGCAUUACAUCCUGACACUAUCAAAAUAGUGAACGCACACAAGCGCAUUCAUUGCUGUUUGGAAUAAGCGCAGGUUAUUGACACACACACACCUUGUUCUGUAAAUAGAAACUUAGAGUGAAAUAAUACACAUACUUUUCUAUGUGUAGACUCUGUCCACAUCAAACACACAUUUAAUGUGAGAAAAGAAUUGGGCUAAAGUGAAAGUCAAAGAAAAGCUAUUGAAUACACUCACUUUGGUCUCUUAUUCCAAAACAAUGGAAUGGGAACCGCAGAGGUUUACAGUGAUACUCUUUCUCUUUUUUUUUUUUUUUUUUUUUUUAAGCGAAAGCUUUGUGAGUUUUGAGUUAUGGAUGAUUGAGAGACGUGAUGGAGAUUUCAUCGAGUGCAGGGUUAAUGUUGGGUUUCUUCACCCAAAGGAAUGUAAAGCCCUUUCCAUGUGUUUUAAUGUCAUUCUUUGUUUUGGAAUCAUGUUUCGAGUAAACAUGAGGUUGGUGAUGCCGAUGAUGACGCUAUGAGAUUUUCUUGUCAGUAUGUAAACAUGAGUGUGGUCAUUAGGGGUUCUUUGGGGCAGCUUUUUGGGUGAAGGCUUUUUGUAGUUUUUUUGUUUUUUUCCCCAUUCGGUUUUGCCUGCUGUUGCCAUUGAAUAAGUUGUUUGAAAUCCCAGAGGUCAAAUGUGCCUUGAUCUAUCACAGCACACACAUACUGUACGUGUACUUUAUCCUAACUGUGGGGUGCUAAAAUGUGACUUUUAAAAAGGCUGUUAAGCAAUGUGGAUGGUGUUAUUAAAGCCCUUAAUUAUUAUUUUGUAACCAAAAGCAAAGAAACGCACAUAAGUAAAUAAAUAAAUAUAUUUUUAUCAUCAA